AUGGCUCCUGAUUAUACGGUUAUUUGUAUUAUUAAACAGAAUAAUUAGUGAAAAUGAACCACUCCCACCACCAGGAAAAUUACCCAGGUUGGGUCACCAUCCCCCUCUCCACCAACUAGUAAAAGAAUGAAACACCAAAGUGAAAGUGAUGUUAGGAAAGGAUGCACUAUUCUUAUGACCGGUCUAGCGAAGUCGGGGAAGACCACGAUUUCUAAUGCCCUCACUCAAAUGCUCAAAUCCAACGGGAUUUUAGUGAAACAAAUAGAUGGAAAGUACUUGAGGGCCGGUCUCUGCAAAAAUCUAGAUUUUGACGAAGAGAAGGAUCGGUCGGCGUUUGUUCACAUGGCUAGUGAACACGCAAAAGGGUUCACAGAAGAGGGAUUCGUGUCCAUCAUUUCCAUUGUGGGUCCAUUACAUGAGGACAGACAGAAAGCCAGGGAUUCUCAUGAGCAAGACGGACUGAAGUUUGUAGAUGUCUUCGUGGAUAGGUCAAGAGCAGAAUGUGAUGCAGAAUCUGGCCUGAGUCGUAAUGUUAUAAAUCCCAUUGAUGCGGACUACGAAUCUCCCACAAAUCCAGAUGUCCACCUUAAACGGAGUGGCAAUAACGUUGACAAGUUGACGAGAGAACUGGUUGAAAAAUUAGUUGGCUAUUCGCCGUUUUCUCCCUCCGUUCCUUCACCCAAUUCAACAGUUCCUUCUCCCUUUACAACAACGCCUUCUCCCUCCUCAACGAUAUAUUCGUCUGAUUCGGAUUUGGGUGCUGGAGAGUUGGACGAAGAAGGGGAUAGCGUCCCAAAAUUCAAACUACCAAGGAAGAGUGAUAUCCGAACAAUAUUCGACUAUGUGAAAAGUGUUCUUGUUCAAAGAGGUUUUGUUGGAAAGGAUGAAGAAAUCGACAAACAUCCCCUAUUUUUUUAGCUAAUGGGGGAAUGGAGGAGUCACUAUAAUAUUCAUAAAGAAAAAGGAGUCGAAAAGUUUUUCCCAGUCCAACUUCAUAAGUCAACUCAGAGGAAAUCAGCUACACCCACAACAAUCCCAACCAAAGGUGCGAAAACCCCCCAAAAAGACGAUGUCGGAGAAAAAAAGUGGGAUGAAUUCAUUCCUUUACAUUGGAUUGGAUCAACACUAUUUUACGGCACUAUGCAAAAAGGAUUCCCUCAUCUCAAAAAAUGCAAACAAUGUUGGUCGAGGUCAACAUCGGAGGGUUAUUUGUGUGAUAACCAUUCAACAACCAGAUUUAAAUAUUUUGCCGUUAUGCAUGAUGUUAAUGAGAGGACCUGUUGUUAUCGUGCUAUGUUUAGUUAUCAAGGUGUGCAAAAAAAAAUGGACGUCAGACCUGAUUAAAAAAUCUGCUUACAACAGCAUUCUCGUACAAAAAUACCUCUCGGAUCAUCCUAACGCACAAUUCACUCCGACUUAUGAAAAAUCUAUUCUUCUCUCCUCCCCGAAACGACUUCCUACCAUACAUUCCAUCACAUUGUCAGUCGCGCUCAUCACAUUGUUCAGAAACAUGGAAAAAAUCGAAUCAGAUGCACCCAUAAGACCGCAUUCGUUCCUUCAUGAACAGUUAGUUAUGUCCAACGCUAAUUUGGCAGUGGUGGAAAAGAUUUUGAAAGAGAAUGGAGUGACUUUCACCGUGGGAUAUGAUGAUGAUGAUAGCAGCUCCCCAUUAAUCAACAAAGAUCGAUAUUGUGCAAAACUACCUAGAAUCUAUUGUGGAGUUGAACCCAACAACAAAGUCAGUGUUGGAUUAAAAACGUCCAGGGUUGGGGAGGAGGAUCAUUCUGUUUACACCCACAGUGACCAAUUCAAGUCAGGGCCCAUCUACCAAACCCCCCUGUCGGAUGAGCAGCUAGCGAUUGCAAAUAACAUUGACACAUCUAAAUCUUUUAAACAGUGGACGGAUCAGCAGAAGGAUGUAUUCGAUUUGGUGAAAAAAGAUUGCACAAGGAGGGAUUGGGUCAUGCAGCUCUUGUUCUUGCAGAAAUGAAGGGCCAAUCCUACAAUGGCAUCCUCAUUCAAAGGGACAAUAAGAAAUACGAGAAUGUACAAACUAUUGAGAGAGGGGACAGAGUUUUUAUACAGACAGUUUUUAAACUUUUAACUGGAAGGACCCUUACUGUUUUAGUUGAGCAUACCGAUAAUAUGAGUUUUACUGUUGAUAUAUAAAUAAAGGCAUUGCAUUUAUUUGCCUUCAUACGUCCCU